AAAGGGGAACUGUCGCAGAGUUUCGGUAAAGCGCCCAGAGGAAGAGAAUAGGCUUCGGCUGGUGACAGUGGCAGAGCAGACCGUUGUGUGGCCAGGUUGUUGCAGUUAACAUGUCGGGGCUACAUUCCAAGCACGGUUUCAAAGUCGAGGCACUGAAGCCGAAGGCAGGUGGGAAGGCCGUCCACGGCUCGGCUAUCCCACUGAUUCUGCCCAACGAUCUGGAGUACAAUGUGUCCACCGGUGCAGUUGAGAAGGUGCAGGGCGCGCGGCGGGAGACCCUGCAGGUUGUUCCCGAGGCCUUGGACCUACUGGAGGGGAUCGAGCAGCCCGUGAGCGCACUCGCAAUCUGUGGGCCAUGUCGGAGCGGUAAAAGUUACAUCCUGUCCAGGCUACUGGGCACUGCAGAUGCCUUUGAGCUAGGCCAUCGUAUGGACCCCCAGACGUUUGGCAUCUGGAUGGGCACCAGUGUGCUGAGGGGGAAGGACUUCACCAUCGUGCUGCUGGACACAGAAGGCAUAGAUGCGGCUGGAGCGAGUGCCAAACAGGAUGCCAGUAUCCUGGUGAUGACUAUCCUGCUGUCCUCCCUACUCAUCUACAACUCCCUCAAUGUGCCAUAUAAGGGAGAUCUGGAGAAGAUGCAGUGUUUCAUUAAGCUGGCUAAGGGGAUCACAGUUAAAAAAGGAGAAAAGACACAGAUGUCAGCUUUCCGUGAGUUCUUCCCAGACUUUUUGUGGCUGCUGCGAGAUGUUUCUCUGAUGAUCACUGACCAGGAUGGUGUAGACAUGGAUCCUUCAGAGUACCUGAAGACUAGGGUGCUUGGACGUCAGGGUGAGGAUGAUUUUGAUGAGUCAACCAGUGACAAAGUAGGACGGGCCAUCCUUACAUUCUUCUCUUCAGUGGAGUGUGCCACCUUGGAGCGGCCCUCUGAGAAGAAGGAGGUAAUGAACAACAUUGCUCAGCACACCGGCAACCUGAACCCAGAGUUCAACAAGGGUGUGGAGGACCUCAUUGAACGGCUGCUUCUAAAAUCACGUGCCAAGAGAGGCUAUGACAAGGGGUCAACUGUCAGUGGUGUGGCCCUCAGCAUCAUGGCCAAGCAGUAUGUGGAAGCGGUCAAUGACCCCAAGGCCAUCCCUGCACUGGACAACACCUGGAAGAACACCAUACAGCUCAUGCGGAGCAGGGCCAUUGAGGAGGUGGUUGUGGAGUAUAAACAGCAGAUGCAGGCACAGGUAGCUGCAGCCUCAAAGAAUGGACAGAUUCCCUUGGAAAGUGCAGAAAACAAUGGGAAAUCCUCCAGCCAGCCUUCCCUUAUGGACCUCCAUCACCAGCUGUUCAAGGUAGUCACAGACAUGCUUCUGGAGAAGGUCGGCCAUCUUGGGAUCAGCUCAGGGAAUCUGGGCAAUGAGAACAAGAUUGUGGUGGACGAAAUGCAAAAACGCUUGGUUCAAAGAGAGGAGCGCUCAGUUGACUAUGUGGCAGCUGACGGUACCAUCAAGAAGCAGAAGGGGUUUGUUGUGACUGGUGGAGAGCUUUAUCACUUCAUCCAGGCAAACAAAGAACUCUCCAAGGUCUUCUGCCAGAAGCUGUUUGAGUCCUUGUUUGACCCAAUAAGGAAGUGUGUAGAGACACCUCCUCCACACUAUGACUUUCAGCAGCUGAUGGGAGAGCUGGCUAGUGCACGCCAGCAGUACAGUGAGCAGGCUCGUGGUCCAGAGAAGUGGGUCGUUCUGCAAGAGAUGACCAAAAACUUUGAGAAACUGAAGGCAAACUUUGAAAAGAUUAAGGGGUAUCAGAAAAAGCUGAUGCAGGAGCAGCAGAAGGCACAGGAGGCAGAGCUGCAGGCCAGGGAGAAGGCCCGGGAGGUGAAGCAACUGUUUGACCAGCAACAGGACAUGCAGAAGGCUCACCAGGAGACUCUGCAGAAAAUGGAUCAGCAGCACAGAGAGCAGAUGGAGAAGGUGAGACAAGACGAAGCAGAGCGACGUCAGCAGGAGGAGCAGAAGUACCGAGACCUGCAGAAUGCACAGAUGGAGCAGUAUGCAACCAUGGCAAGGGAGUUCAACGAGAAGUCCUCCUCCCAGAUGCAGGACCUGAUGAUGAGGAUGCAGGAGCAGCAGGCAGACAUGAACAAGCAGAUGAUGGACUUGGUGAAGGCUAUCAAGGAUACACCUCCACCUGUGGUGAACGUGCCAAGUCCUUCUCGAUGCAGCAUUAUGUAGUGUCCUGUUAUUGAAUGACAUCUUUGGCAUAAAUCUUCAUAUAGUAUAUGAGCAUAUAGUAGUAUAUAGUAGGCCACACUGAUUUCAUCAAUUGAUUCUCAGGAUUCAGGAUUGCUACUUGCUGGUGAGGGGAAAUUGAAAAGAAAAAAAAUACCCCACACCUUCCAUUCAGGAAAUUUUCAUGAUGAAUUACUAAUUAUGAUUAUUGAGGUAUACAGACGUCUUAUAUCUUAAAUGAACAUGUUUCUUUCAUGAAUGUACAUGCAUAAAAACUGUACUUCUAAUAAUCUCAAACAAACAGGUGCAUCUAGUGUAUAGCAUUUGUACUGGGUUGGGCUGCAACAGCUUGUCCGUCAUAAAAUCUUUUUCAAGCUGAAACCUUGUUUUUUAUGUUAUGUUAACUUUUCGCAAAAGAAUUAGAUUCUCGUUUGCCCUGUUGCUCCAUGUUUUUUUCUGAAAAAAAUCUGAGAGCCAACAAAUUAAAUUGGUAUGGCCUUAUCUGUACGUGGUUUGUGCAGUAUGUGUUGCAUAGCUACAGUAGAGAAAUCAUUAUCAUAGCUGCUGUAAACUUCACUUUCAUUGACCAACAAAUAUGUAACUUAUUAGUAUCACUGUCAACUAAAACAAAUGUCAGAUUGUACACACAGAACAGAAGUGUGUAGUGGGGUGCUAGUUGAGUCUUGUCUAGAUCUCCAUCUCUACCUAACCAACUUGGGGAAUCAGGACAACUCGGACCAUUACUAACUCGGCCCAUUGAAAAUCUGGUCAACUCGGACCACCCCCCUGGUCAACUCGGACCACCCCCAGGUACCAGUCGGACCAAAUUACUUAUCUUUUGAAAAAAAGUUAAUUUGACAUUUCUUGGUACAUUUGUACUAGUAUUAUAAAGAUUGUCUCCAGCUGAUACUAUUAGAACGUCAGAAGUUUCCUGGUCAUACAGAGUGGCGGUCCUUUGAUCUAGCAUCAUAUGUGCCGCGGGCGCCGGUGAUAUUAAAACCGCGAUAUAAAAAAUUCUUAACUAGCAAAUCAAUACCCACAUCUUAUUUGUCUAAAGCUAUUCCGAAGAGCAAGUAAUGGUAAAGUUUACUACUGUCCUCUAUUAGAAGCACCUCACACCUAUCCACGUGUCCACACACACUGCGUAUUUCGGGGUCAACGACCUAAUGUGCGCCGCAUGGAAUGCCGAAAAGUUCCGAUGAAUUACACAAUUCAAUCAAUCCAACCUACAGUUUUCUCAUUUCAGAGUAUAUACAUAUAAAACUAGUGUUGGGGAUUACAUUUUCGAAAAAAAAUCAACUAAAUAGCUGUCCAGGGGGGAUGGUCCGAGUUGUCCCGGCAGAUGGGCCGAGUUGGUAAUGGUCCGAGUCGUCCGACAUUCCCACCUUAGUCAGGAGGACUACUGGAGGACUCUUAUGUAGUAAAGCUCAAUAAGUAGCAUCAGAGUUUGUUGCACAACGAACUUUGUAUCUGUUUUCAGUCAUGUUUGAUGCAAAGUUCUUUACAGUGUACAAGAUACUUUCGAGUAUACUACAUGGAGUACAUAGAAAUUUAGUUACACUAGUAAUCAGUGAUUUUGAUUGCUGUGAUUUUGAUGUACAUUGUACAUGUAGUUACAGUGAAUAGUAUCACAUGUCUGAUCAUGGGUAGCUGCUGAUUGUAUGUGGCUGAUAUUUUGUGUCAGUAAUAAAAUGCACUUUGAUUGAGUAAAGUCAAACACAUUUCAUUUAUCAUCUACUUCAUACAUUUUAAUGAACAAUAUUUUAAAAAACAUGCUUGUUGCACAUGAAUGUGCCUUUGAACAACAUUGUGAAUAAGGUUAAUAUGUUUUCUAAACUGAACUGCUAACAAAGGCUACAUAAACAAGUACAAGUGAAGUACCCAGUAUAACAAAACUUUGAAAAAGAUAUCAUUUUAGCAAUGCUCCAAAACCUUCUCUGCAACAAAUAGAUCUGUUUAUGACUAAUUCAGUGUAACACAGAUAUGUUAGCAAUAUUUGCAUAAUCACUAAGAUUUUUUGAAAACCAAUGAUCAACAUCAAAAUCGUUCAUUCCACAGACCUACUGAACCAUUUAUGCAUAUAAAGACUUACACAUCUUAGUCCUAAUCACUGAUUACAUGGUUUGCAGUAUAACUGAACUGUUUCUCUACAAUGUUCCCUAUAUGACAUGGUGGCAAAUACAAGCCCAUAUAUCCCACAUUGAAUCCCUCAACACCAACAUAAUGU